CACCGCCGACACUAUACAGGUCCGAUGGCAAUGCAUCGCUGUCGAUGAUGGCCGGUUCCGACAGAUUUCGACGACCAACAAGACUCCCUAGCCGCCUUGGCCUCUCUUACCGGCUUCCAGUUCGGGUGAAGUUCACGAAUGCUAUCAGCUUGGCGAGAUAUACCAUGACGCUCCUUCGGCCAUUAGGGCAAGACAGGCCUCCUUGCCCGAAGUAUUAAAUGGUUCUCUGCCGGCCAAGAUCACGGAAAGCACAAGUCUCCCGCCAUAAGUACGCAUCAUGAAGCUUCCAUCACAGUCUACAUUCGCCCUGGUCGCGUUUGCGGCAUUCAGCUAUGCUAAGACGAUCUACACCGGAGACACGCUUCAAGGCUAUCCGGUCAUUGCCUCUCUGGACAUCAACGAUGUGCCCGCGAACCAAAUCUCCCGAUUCUGGCUAUCGCCCGCGUCCGGUCAAGGCGGAUUGCCAUACUUUCUCCCCAUCUUCGUGGCUCGCGGAUCGGAAGAGUCACUCGAGACUGGUCGGAAGUUCUCACUCUCUGCCUCGAUUCACGGCGACGAGCUGAAUCCUGUGGCGGUGGUGCAGAAAGUAUUCGCCAGGCUCAACGAGACGGUGGCAUCGGGAGACUUCAAUGGCACAGUCAUUGGACUGCCUACGCAGAAUCCUAACGGCAACCUUAUGAAUCAGCGAUACUUCUAUACGAGCUCAUCUAAUGGCUUCCUCACGGAUCUUAAUCGGAACUUUCCUGGGAUGAGCAUUGCCGAAGGAGGCAGCCUACCCAUGUCGUAUACUGCUGCUAUAUGGAACAAUAUCUGGGGCAAUACGUCGAACGUGGACAUUGCAGUUGACCUCCACACUCUAUCAACAGGCUCAAUUGGCCCUCUCUGGGUCUACGCCGACUACGCAUUAGAAGGCGUGCAGAGAAUCGCCGAGCUCGCCCAGCCAGACAUGAUCAAAAUCGACCCUGGCCAAAGUGGCACCAUCGAGACCUCCUUCGUCGAAAGAGGGAUCCCAGCCAUCACAAUGGAGAUCGGACCAGCAAAUAACUGGAACGGAACGCUCAUCUCAAGAGCUGUCGACUUUGUCUUUCGCCUGAUGGACGAUUUGCAAAUGACCACUGGCGAGACUCCGACUCCUGAUCUUUCCAACACUUACAUCGCCAACAACUUCUCGGAUGUGACGGUAUCGCACUCUGGCUGGGUUGAACUGGAUGUGACUACCAUGUACGAUGUGACUGAAGGUCAGGUCGUGGGGCGAGUCUACAAUUCCUGGGGUGAUGUGCUGGAGACAUUGACUUCUGCUGUUGAUGGAAGAGUCUUGACUGCGUUGGUUGAUCCAGCUGUCGAGGCUGGUGCGGGAGUGCUUACGAUUGGUUAUAAUGCCACGAACGAGGGUUGA